AUGGAAGAAGACGGUACCGUCACAGUCUACAGUGGCAGCGCCAUUACCGAUACGAAGAAGAAUCCAUUUUCUCUCAAAGUCGGAAUCGCUCAAAUGCUCCGUGGUGGAGCAAUUGCGGAGGUCACCAACGUUAAUCAAGCAAAAAUUGCCGAAUCUGCCGGCGCUUGCUGUAUUGUAGUUUCGGAGCCUAAAGGACCCGGAAUCUCACGUAUGGCUGACCCGUCGAUAAUCAAAGAGAUCAAGCAAUCCGUUACCAUUCCUGUUAUGGCGAAAGCCCGUGUCGGUCAUUUCGUUGAAGCACAGAUCCUUGAAGCUAUUGGUGUUGAUUAUAUUGACGAGAGCGAGAUUUUAGCCCUUGCAGACGAAGACCAUUUUGUGAACAAACACAAUUUCAGGGCGCCGUUUGUGUGCGGGUGCCGCGAUCUUGGAGAAGCGUUGAGGAGAGUUAGAGAAGGCGCGGCGAUGGUGAGGACACAAGGAGAUCUAUUAGGUAGGGGUAAUAUUGUUGAUACAGUUCGUAAUGUGAGGAAAGUGAUGGGAGAUAUUAGGGUUCUAUCGAACAUGGAUGAUGAUGAGGUGUUUACUUUUUCCAAGAAGAUCGCUGCGCCUUAUGAUAUCGUUGCCCAAACGAAGCAGAUGGGUAGGCUUCCGGUGGUGCAUUUUGCUGCUGGUGGAAUUGUUACCCCUGCUGAUGCCGCGCUGAUGAUGCAGCUCGGUUGUGACGGUGUGUUUAUUGGAUCGGAUAUAUUUAAUUGCUCGGAUCCGUAUAAGAAAGUAAGGGCGAUUGUGCAGGCUGUUAGGAAUUACAACGAUCCUCAUAUAUUGGCCGCGGCGAGUAGUGGCUUGGACGAAGCAAUGGGUGGGUUAAAUCUGAAUGAGAAUCGCGUUGAGCGAUUUGUUAGUGCAGAUACUUAUUGAUGAAAUGAAGCUGAGCCUGUUUUUUUUUUGGUCUGUUGUUGAAUUGUAGUAUUAUGUAUUUUGGAGUUAAUGUAUGUGUGAACAAGGUUGUAUUUUCUUGGUUUGGUUUUGCAAUAACAUGAUGAUGAUGAGUUAACA